GCCAUACCAGCAGGCUUACUUGCCGUAGACGCUAGCUGAAGCCGUACGGUCAGCUUGCAUUUUGUGUACGACAAACUCUAUCCAACCGAACGAUGGACGAACCGAAAUUGAGCAAAAAACCGUCGACCAGCGAUCUCAUCAUGAAUACUCUACGGGAGAUGCCCAAAGAUAGAAAAGGACACAGCGUACUAAGUCUGAAAAAAGCGAUUCUAGAGUCCAACCCUGAAAUAGGAGACUCCAGGUUCAACACGCGCUUCAACAAGACUAUCAAUACAAUGCUCGAGAAAAAUCUUCUCGCAAGGCCUAAAGGUGCGGAGGACGCUAAAGGAGCCACUGGUCGGGUAAAGAUUGGCGAAACCAAGUCGGAUAAGGAAAGAGAGAAACCGAAGGCUGCCGCCCAAAAAGACCAGGAUGGGGCUUCGACAAAAAAGUUAGCCAAGGACAAGGAUGAAAAAGAGGAGACUAUCAAGGAGAAGGAUCAAGAGAAGGUGACCAAGAAGACCGGAGUUACCCAAGACGAUAAAAGUCCAAAGAAGGCAACCGUUCUGAAAGCCUCCAAAACCGACGACGCUGAGAAGUCCAUGGGUAAAAAGGCCACUGGCAAAAAAGCUUCGGCUAGUACUGAAGAGGCAGAGUCUCCAGAGAAAUCCGUUAAACCAAGAGGACGACCAAAGAAAGUCCAGAAUGGGUAUGCUAAGGCUCAAGAGAAUGGCGACGGACCGGCAGAGGAGUCGGCAAAGAAACGUGUCGCGCCGAAGCCCGGCACUACCAAAAAAGGUGCUGAGGGGGCUCCUGCUGAAACAGAGGCUCUUACCGCGAACGGUAUGAAGAAUGGCACAAAGAAGCACUCCGACGACGAGGGUAGCGAAUCUGUUGCGGGUCCAAGGCUACCAGCCGAGUCCAAGAAAGGCCCCGCCAGAAAAAGAAGUCCUGUCGAUAAACAGGCGGAACGCGAAACAAACCAAGACCCGUCCGACGACAUCGGUGCCAAACCUGUCAAAAAAGGAGAGCUAAAGGCACCAAAAGGCCGAAGUAAAAAAGAUGGUUCAUCUGAUGGCGAGCCGGUCAGCAAGAAAGCGAAGGGCAAAGGGAAGAACUAGUUAUGGUUUGUCGGAUUUUUCAGAGAAAACUAGUUAUUGUAACCUCAAGUGGGUAUAAAGAAAUGGUUUAUGUAUAUUUGUAAACUUUGUACAUCAUGGCUAUAAUAAUGUACAUCGCUAAAUACUGUGUUAUGAUUGUUAGGCAACGAACGGCUAAUGGUAAUAAAUUUUUCGUGUGUCAAUUGUAUAUCCUGGUCUUCGCGUUCAAUUACCAAGCCGAUAAUGUACGGCGCUUGUCAGCUAAUUGUAUAUAAUUGUCACUUAUCAUAAACGUGAACGACAUUAUAAUCAUUUAACAUACACCCUUUAUUUUAUAUGUAAUUUCUGUUAUAUAUGUCAGAGAACGGACGAGCUCAAUUGCGAGUUCUUCGCAGGUGACGCAUCCAGCUGAAUGUUGCAACAAUGUUUUCAUGAUGAAGAAUUUGUAAAGGCCAAAUCGGCGAAAGGCAUUAUCGAUUUACGCCACAGGCAGGCAAAAUGAAACCUGUUUAGUUUAGAACUGGGUUUUCUCCGGUUUAUAUACAACAAUGUCCUCGUACGCUCCACUCACCUAUCUUCGUUAAAACGCAGUAACACGUUCGGCGUUUUGUGUACUUCAAUGAAAAAUGAUGUUGUCAAUGUCUGUAGGCUGAAGUAGUGGGAAUAUCUGACUCGCAUAGUCAAUAUCCAGUAUUUGAAUUUUCUGAGUUGAUUCCUUUUUAUUUACAUAUCUCCGAGAUCGUUAUUUCUUCAGGGCGCUGCCUGUGAGCGGCGUCGGUGACUAUGCAAAUCCUCUACAGACAACCCUGAUACCAUCUAGAUAUUGAAAAAACAAGCGUAUAGUUAAAAAAGCUAGAAGGAGCUCAAAGAAACAAUACGAAUGUAUCCGUCGAAUAUACAUAAAAAAAAAAAA